UCUUUAUAUAUAUAUAUAUAUUGGUUCUCCGCUUUAUUGUGAUUGAUUCCAUUCUGGUUUCUUCCUGAAGAAAAGAAUUUUGAAACAGAGGAGUGAUCGCCGGGAAAGAUGGCGGGGGGAGAAGAGGGACAAACUUUGGAGUAUACCCCAACCUGGGUUGUCGCCGUUGUCUGCAGCGUCAUCGUCCUCAUCUCUCUCUCCGUCGAGCGAAUCCUCCAUUACCUUGGCAAGGCAAGCAUAUAUCUCAACAAACUUUCUCCUUCAUCCCCUGUCUCUCAUUCUGUCUCCAAUCAAUCAUCAUUGUUCAAAUUUGAUGUUUCUUUGCAGUAUCUCAAGAAGAACAACCAGAAGCCUCUGUUCGAGGCGUUACAGAAGAUCAAAGAAGAGUUGAUGUUGUUGGGAUUCAUAUCACUCCUACUGGUAGUUUUCCAAACUCGAAUUUCCAAACUUUGCAUAUCAGAGGACUUAGCCAACAAAUGGUUGCCCUGUGAUAUUAAAAAAGAUGCUUCUUCGACUUCCCAUUUCCAAACCUUCUUCAAUUCCUUUGUUCCCGGGGCUACCCGUCGUCUCCUUGCCGAGGCCUCUGCUUCUUCCACCGGUUCUUGUAAAGAGGGAAAGGUCCCACUGUUAUCUAUCACUGCACUGCAUCAUCUUCACAUAUUCAUCUUUGUGUUAGCUGUCGUCCAUGUGACUUUCUGUGCUCUAACCAUUCUUUUCGGAGGGGCAAAGAUACGUCUAUGGAAACGUUGGGAGGAUGCUAUCCAAGAAAAGGAAUACAACCCAGAAGAAGUUCUGAAAACAAAAUUUACAGACGUUCAAGAUCAUGCUUUUAUCCGGAGUCGAUUUCUGGGAUUUGGCAAGGAUUCAGCUCUGCUAGGGUGGUUGCAUUCAUUUUUCAAGCAAUUUUAUGGGUCUGUGUCUAAAACAGAUUAUAUGACUCUGCGACUAGGCUUCAUUAUGACUCAUUGCAGGGGAAACCUAAAGUAUAAUUUCCAUAAGUACAUGAUACGUACCCUUGAAGCUGAUUUCAAGAAAGUCGUUGGAAUAAGUUGGUAUCUUUGGGUAUUUGUGGUCAUUUUCUUGUUGCUGAAUGUCUCUGGUUGGCAUGCAUAUUUUUGGAUUGCAUUCUUUCCCUUUGUUCUUCUCCUUGCUGUGGGCACCAAGUUGGAACAUGUAAUCACCCAGUUGGCCCUUGAGGUUGCUGAGAAACAUGUAGCACUUCCAGGAGCAUUGAUAGUUCAACCUUCAGAUGAUCACUUCUGGUUCCAUAGGCCCCGGAUUGUUCUCUUGCUCAUUCAUAUCAUCCUGUUUCAGAAUUCUUUUGAAAUGGCAUUUUUCUUCUGGAUAUGGGCCCAAUAUGGAUUUGACUCCUGCAUAAUGGGAGAAAUUGGCUAUAUUAUCCCUCGACUUGUUAUAGGGGUAUUCAUCCAGUUCGUCUGCAGCUACAGUACCCUACCACUCUAUGCAAUUGUCACCCAGAUGGGAACUUCAUUUAAAAAGGAUAUUUUUGAAGAACACAUUCAAGAGGGAAUUGUUGGUUGGGCUCAGCAGGCCAAAAAGAACAAGAGAAAGGCUGCUAAUGGCUCUACUACUCAUCAUGGCUCUACUACUACUAUCUCUACCCAUCAUGGCUCUAGCCAAGUGGAUCAAAAAGAGACUGCUCCUUUGAGGGUCCAGAUGGCCGAAGUUGGUGGAAUGCAAUCUGCAAUGGAAGAAGGCAAUGCAGGAGAGAUUGAACAUGCAACUGUCUCCCAUGGACACAAAUGAAGUGCCUCAAGCCUCUUACUUAUGUUUUGAGUUUAGUGUUUUUUAUCUCUACCUACUGCAUAGCAAAAUUGGUUAGAAGUAUAUACUUCCAUGGUUCAUUUACGCAUUUGUUUUUUUGUAAAUUUGUAGUCAAUCACAAGUUGAGCAACUGAGAACAAAAAUACCGUCGAGAAUAUAAUAUAGUUAUAUGUUUUUGCCUAAAAUACAAGUCUGCUCAUCUAAG